CUAUCCAUUCUUCCUACAGGAACAGCCACCACUUGCCUUCCAGAGCUACCUACAACCAGCAUGUUUCCAUGAUAUACGCCUGGCCCAGGCUCUGUAAAGGAUAUUGAGUUUGCCACUUCAGCCUAGACCAACACUGCCAACUUGCUGCUCUGCAACACCCAGGACAGCAGGUCCACCAGACCAACACACCAUGGAAAACCAGACUACAGACUAUGCUGACAUGCCACUAACAACAGAAUUUGACUACGGUGAUUCAGCGCCAUGCCAGCGAACGGAGGAAAAGCACUUUGCAGCAACACUUUUACCUCCACUGUAUUCUUUGGUGGUGAUAUUUGGCCUCAUAGGCAACAUGCUUGUUGUCCUCAUCCUGGUAAAAUACAAGAGAUUGAAGAGCAUGACCGACAUCUACCUGCUCAAUUUGGCAAUUUCUGAUUUGCUGUUUAUAUUUUCUCUCCCUUUUUGGGCUUAUUAUGCUGUUCAUGACUGGAUUUUGGGGGAUGCACUGUGCAAAAUUCUGUCAGGUGUCUACCUCCUUGGCUUUUACAGCGGGAUCUUUUUCAUAAUCCUGCUGACCCUAGACAGGUAUCUGGCCAUAGUGCACGCAGUGUUUGCUUUAAAAGCCAGAACAGCUACCUACGGCAUCCUCACCAGUGCUGUCACUUGGGCUAUUGCUAUGUUUGCUUCUGUCCCCGCUAUAGUAUUUCACAAAAUUCAAAAGGAACAUUCACAUUAUACUUGCAGUGCUCAUUAUCCCAGUCAUGCCGUCACAACUUGGAAGUACUCCUUUAUUUUAAAGCUGAACAUUCUGGGAUUUGUUGUUCCAAUUCUCAUUAUGAUUUUCAGUUACUCGCAGAUUCUAAAAAUACUAUCGAGAUGCAAGAAUGAGAAAAAACAGAAAGCAGUCAGACUUAUUUUUGUGAUCAUGAUUGUCUACUUCAUCUUCUGGACACCGUACCAUAUUUCUUCUUUUUUGCAUACAUUCCAAAAUUCACUUUUCACCCCAACUUGUGAAAUCAAUGGUCAACUGGAGAAAGCAAUCCAAGUGACAGAAACACUUUCCAUGAUCCACUGCUGUAUCAAUCCUGUGAUCUAUGCAUUUGUUGGAGAAAAAUUUAGGAAAUAUCUUUAUGCCUUUUUCAGAAAGCAUGUUGCAGCCCACCUCUGCAAAAAAUGUCCAAAUCUUUAUCGUGAAAAGUUAGAAAGAGUUAGUUCUGCAGUCACAACCUCCACUGCAGAGCAUGACGUCUCUACUGGACUGUAAAAAUCAUCAAAACAUUAGUUAGUAAACAUUGCAUCACUCUCUUCGCCUUAAGGACUGCCUGACAUCACUUAAGAUCCGUAUGUCAACCACUGCUUGAAAUUUGUAUGACCUAGUGCUUAACUGUUCCCUGGGGUUACAGCAUUUUCCAUUCUUAAACUAAGAGAAUCAGUGAAUUGUCCAGGAACUGUUAACACCAUGGUUGGAUCAUAUAAGAGCUUGAAUGGGUCCAGAAUAGUAUGAUUCUGUUUCUUGACCCCAGUUCUAUCCAACGAACAAAUGCUAGUGAGAUUUACUGAGAGGAAAUACAAUAUCAAAGAGACUAAGGGUUAAUAUGUCACCUCACAAGAGCAAUUUACUGCUAUGUGAACAUUUUAAGACAAACACUGGGAGGAAGCUUUGAGAACUGAUGUACCUGUUUUGUACUCAGCAUUAAUGGAACACCUCUUGUAAGUGACUGUAUUCUUUCUGCAAUGUGGUAAGGCGUUUGAUGGGGAGGCUUUUAGUUUUCUUCAUUUUUACCCUUACCCCCUAUCUUCCCUACAUGAAUAAAAGAUGUUUCCAUUAAAAGGAAUUUGAAGAUGAAUACGACACAUAUCAAGACAAUAUCUCUCUUCUGAUGGGAGAGUUGACUGACCUUUAUCUUACUGGGGCCAUUUAACCCAAGGGUUUAUCUGUUAAAUAGUAAUGUCAUUUCUAAACAUAACCCUUUUGACUAUAGGCUAAGUUACGGUAUUUUGAUUUUAGUUCUUUAAUUUUGCGCCUACCAUACCACUGUUUAGUUGCUAACAUUUUGCAAAGCGGGAUUUUAAUGGGCAACAUUGUGAUUUAUGUGGGUGCAAUUUUGCAAGUAACUGUGCACACCAAGUCUACUGACUACACAAGACAAUGUUGCACCCUCCAAGAAAACAGGAGCUUGUUUCUGGCAAAGCAUAUCCCUCCAAGGAACACAGCACUUAACCAAAAAAGCACAUCAGCAAAGAUCUGCAAGGGCAGAAUGAAACUUAGCUGGAUAUUCAUUAUUCAAGAUUCUGUACAAAAAAAAAAUCAAGACCCUAUGAAGGAUCUUGGAGACCAUGAACACAGUACUGAGUGGAGACCUCUCUAGCUCUGGACAGGUAAAUCAUGUGUGUAGAGGAAGACUUUACAUGGCAGAUGCUGUAUGUUUGUCAGUCUAAGCUCCUGCAUGAGAAAAACAUGCUCUUCACAUACACAGUAAGUCUAAUGUUUUGGAUACACUUCUAGGCAGGCUGCAGCCUUGGCACUACCAAAGCAGUCAGCUGCAAAGGAAGCAAAUCCACUUUGUCUUUCCAGGAGAAGUGUGCCCCUAGCCAAUUGGUUCCUCAGUUAGAACUGCAUGUUAUUGAAGAGUCAAAAGCAUUAGUCUACUGGUGUCCUACGGCCAUAUAUUUAUGCCAUUACUAGGACACACCCUGUAGAAGAAAGUAGCCUUCUAGGGACAUGAUGUUAGCAAAGAAGAGGAGGGAGGUGCAUGGUGGAGAACUUCUUGCUUCAAACUGUCAAGAAGUGCAGGUGGGUGCUCCUGUGCAAGUGAACUGUCCUGCUUUUUUACCCAUUUACUUCUAAGGGGAAGUUCGGGCACAUAUAGCCUUGCUCACCAAAACCUGGAGGGGCAGGUUCAAGUAGCCUCCAGGCAAUAUAAGGAUGCAAGAGAGGAUCCUGAUUAACAUUAGGAAUGUGACUCAGAUGGUUAAAAUAACAGUAAAUCGCUUUACAGUGGUCAGUUGUCAGCAGAGAAAAGGAGAUGCCUGAGUCAGAAGCAGACUCAUGAUUUAAAUGACCUCCGGGGAAGAUUACCUGCCUGACUGAAGAAGGAGUCUGGAAAUGCCAGUGUCUUAAUUUAGGUAUCAGAUGCUUUAAUCUAGGUGGUGCAAAUACUCUUCCUCUUCUAGUUUUAUAACAUCAAGGCACUGUUUCCAUAAGUUGUUAGCUUUUAUCCUAUCAGCUAUUAUAACCUGGCCACUACCUUGUGAAGUUAAUAGCCACAGGUAGACUAAAGAAAAGACAAAAAACUAUCCUCACAAUAAACCUGCUUGCUUGGAAAUAAUAUUUUUCCUUUCUUUUUUUUGUAGUUUUUGCUGCACUUAAGUCUAACUACCUUUUUAAUAUCGAAGCAUAAGUUAGUUCAGUGUGACACAAAUCCUGAUGUAACUGUGAUAUAUCUACUACCAUGUUUUAUUUCAAAUUCAUUUCUUGUUGUAAUUCCGUUUCAUCCUGUUUUCAUGUUAAUGCAGUGAAAUUAAUA